CCAGCUGAUCCGAGGAGAGGAGAGGAGGAGGAGGGAAAGAGGAGGCGUGGCCGCUGUUUAUUAAAGCCCACAUGCGCCGGAGGAGCUUUUACCUCCGGGAGUGGAUGGCCCCCGUUUGCGGCGGCGGUGGAAGGUUAGGUGUGGCGAGCUGAGCUCAGCUCACGAGAAGCCGCCAAAACCCCACCGAUUCCCUGCCCCUCGCUCCUGCAUUCCGUGUCUUGCUCCCGGGCACGGCGGCUGGGUUUCUUUGCUUGGCGCGGAGAUGGUUGCUCUGUGUCGUCCCGAGCAGCGGCGGCGGAGGAGGGGGAGUUAGUGGCGGUGGUGGUGGGCGGGGGGCUGUUGCUGUCUCUGUUGGGUGAGUUCUUGGGAGCAAUGGCGCCGCCGGGGGGAAUGGGGGUGGCGUGCCUGUGGGGGAAAGACGGGCGGAGGGGCACGCCGGUGGUGGUGACGAUGGAGAAUCCCAACUACUCGGUGGUGGAGAUCGACGGGCCCGAGGCGGAGGAGGAGCUGCGGGCGGCCGCCGUGGCCAUGGAAAAGGGCGAGCGGGGGAGGACCGCCAGGCAGUUCACCUGGGUGCUGCUCCUCCGGGCGCACCGCGCCGCCGGGUGCCUCGCCUCGCUUGCCGCCGCCGCGUGGGCGCUGCCGGGCGCCAUCCGGCGGCGCUUCAGGCGCUCCUCCUCCUCCGCCGCCGCCGCGGCCGAUGAACGCGGCCACGGCCGGGGCUGGCUGCUGUACACGUUCAUCAAGGGGUUCUUGGCGCUCUCCUUGCUCGCCCUCGCCGUGGAGCUCGCCGCCCACUGGAACGGGUGGCGCUUCCAGGGGCUGGAGCUGCAUGUGCCGGAGGUGGUGGAGAUUGAGGGAUGGGCGCACUCGGCGUACAUCUCGUGGAUGUCAUUCCGAGCCGACUACAUCAGGAGGCCGAUCGAGUUCCUGUCAAAAGCUUGCAUUUUUCUCUUUGUCGUCCAAUCCAUGGACCGGCUCAUCCUUUGCUUGGGGUGCUUCUGGAUCAAGCUCAGGAAGAUCAAGCCAAGGAUUGAAGGGGACCCAUUCAGAGAAGGAUCAGGGUAUCGGCACCCGAUGGUGCUCGUCCAGAUUCCUAUGUGCAACGAAAAGGAGGUCUAUGAGCAGUCGAUUUCGGCAGCCUGCCGGUUAGAUUGGCCUAGGGAGAAGUUUCUGAUUCAGGUGCUCGACGAUUCCAGCGACGAGAGCAUUCAGCUACUGAUCAAGGCAGAAGUUUCCAAGUGGAGCCAUCAGGGUGUGAACAUUGUGUAUCGGCAUCGUGUUCUGAGAACCGGUUAUAAAGCCGGGAACCUCAUGUCUGCAAUGAGCUGUGACUAUGUCAAAGAUUAUGAAUUUGUCGCCAUUUUUGACGCGGACUUCCAGCCAAGCCCUGAUUUUCUCAAGAAAACGAUACCACAUUUUGAGGGGAAUCCUGAGCUUGGAUUGGUUCAAGCACGAUGGAGCUUUGUGAACAAGGAUGAGAACCUCUUGACCCGUCUUCAGAAUAUCAACCUAUGCUUCCACUUUGAAGUAGAGCAACAAGUCAAUGGUGUUUUCUUGAACUUCUUUGGUUUCAAUGGAACUGCUGGAGUCUGGAGGAUCCAAGCUCUGGAGGAAUCCGGGGGUUGGCUUGAGAGGACGACGGUGGAGGAUAUGGAUAUUGCUGUCCGAGCGCAUCUGAAUGGAUGGAAAUUUAUCUUCCUCAAUGAUGUGAAGGUCCUGUGUGAACUACCAGAAUCCUAUGAGGCAUAUCGAAAACAGCAACACCGGUGGCAUUCUGGUCCAAUGCACCUUUUUCGACUGUGCCUUCCGGACAUAAUUACUGCAAAGAUCUCCUCAUGGAAGAAGGCGAACUUAAUACUAUUGUUCUUUCUUUUGAGGAAAUUGAUUCUUCCUUUUUAUUCAUUCACAUUGUUUUGUGUCAUUCUUCCGCUGACCAUGUUUGUUCCUGAGGCUGAGCUGCCUGUUUGGGUCAUCUGUUAUGUGCCAGUUUGCAUGUCCUUCCUCAACAUUCUGCCAUCACCGAGAUCAUUUCCUUUCAUUGUGCCAUACCUCCUUUUUGAGAAUACCAUGUCGGUGACAAAAUUCAACGCAAUGGUGUCUGGAUUAUUUAAACUUGGAAGCUCCUACGAAUGGAUUGUCACUAAGAAGUCUGGUCGAUCAUCAGAAUCGGAUCUCUUGACAGCAGUGGAGAAAGAUACAAAGGGUAUUACCCUUCCACGGCUGCAGAAGCAAAUAUCUGAAAGUGAAUUGAUUGAGCUCAAAAUGCAGAAUGAACGCCAAGAAAAGGCACCACUUAGUACAAAAAAGGGUAACAAGGUCUACAAGAAAGAGCUGACUCUUUCUCUUCUCCUCCUCACCGCUGCAACUCGGAGCCUCUUGUCUGCUCAAGGGAUUCACUUCUAUUUCCUUCUCUUCCAGGGGGUAUCAUUCCUUUUUGUUGGGCUCGAUCUGAUUGGAGAACAGAUAGAUUGAUCACUCUCAGGCUUUGUCCUCUCUGCACAUACAUACACACAACGAAGUUCUGAGAGUUCCAAAUAUGCAAUGGAAUUUUACUUAAGCAUUUUGGACGAGUUACCAUGUUCGUAGAGAUAUGGAAAGGAUAAUUUGUUAUGCAGUCCUGAUUCAGGGCACAAACAGGAGGAUCCAACAGGAAUCAGCUGAAGAGUAGACAGAAUUUGUUCAUUUGUACCCAGUCCAUAUAUAGUUCCAGAAAUGUUCUUUGGAUUCAAAAAAUACCGAGACAUGUGUUGUUCAUUUGUAAAUCGUUAAUACACAAUCUGCUCUCAUAUAGUGUGAAUGUGUAUAUAUUAUACCUUAGAUAAUGGAAAUGUUUCACAUCUCCAGCCUCUGCUGUUAGGCACCCAGCAAUUGUAGAUAUUCCUAUGAUGGAUGAUUGACAUGAUCAUAGCUAAAUUUCAGUCUCUUAUUACUUGUCGGUGGAUCUACUGGUAGCCAACAGGUAGGCAGUUGGAUGACUUGGAUCUACUAUUAGUGCUGUGACAUUUUCUGUU